GAACCAGCCCCAGACUCUAGGACUUAUUUGGCCUGUACGUGUAGUGCUAGCUGGUUACUUCUCUUUUUUUGUUUUUUCCUAUAAUAUAAUUGUUCUAAUCUGAUUUAAACAAAAUCCAUCUGAAAACCAAGAACACAGAACUCCACUCUUUUUUUCUUCCCGUCUCACUUAGAGUAUUUGACUUCCGUAACGUUUAUUUUCAACAGCCGCUUUCAGCUUCCUGCAUCUGAAACAUCAUUUGACUCACUGAAGAAUUAAAACUGACAGCACCAUAGAGUUGUGUGGGAGAAAAGGGGAUUUUAGACUCAAGUGACACAAUCAAGUCUUGAGAAGUAAAGAAACUUGGAUGGCUUCUCCCCAAAUGGAAGUGAUCUAGAGAGCCCCCUGAGAACGCUGCAUCUCUGAAUCCAGCUCCUACUGCCUUGAGACGGUGCACUUGGACCUGGACAUUAAUAAAAUGCUGGAUUCAAUCAAGUGUGUGCUGGUGGGAGACUCUGCAGUGGGGAAAACAUCACUCUUGGUACGUUUCACCUCCGAGACUUUUCCAGAUGCCUAUAGACCGACCGUAUAUGAAAAUACCGGAGUGGAUGUCUUCAUGGAUGGUGUACAGAUUAGUCUAGGUCUUUGGGACACGUCUGGCAGUGAUGCCUUCAAAGGCAUUCGUCCUCUCUCAUACCAACAGGCAGAUGUGGUGUUAAUGUGCUACUCGGUGGCAAACCACAACUCCUUUCUAAACCUGAGGAAUAAAUGGAUUGGCGAGAUCCGCAACCACUUGCCCCGCAUCCCUGUUUUGGUAGUGGCUACUCAGACUGACCAGCGAGAUACAGGGCCCUAUAGUUCCUCCUGCAUCAGCCCGAUGGAUGGGAAGCGGCUCGCCCAGGAUGUCCGGGCCAAAGGCUAUUUGGAGUGCUCUGCCCUUAGCAACAGAGGAGUGCAGCAGGUGUUUGAAUACGCGGUUCGCACGGCGGUCAAUCAAGCCAAAAGACAGAACAGGCGGAAGUUCUUCUCCAUUAAUGAGUGCAAGAUCUUUUGAGUCCUGUUAGCAGUGGUUUUUGCCCACGCUCGGUCUUUUUUUCUUUGCACAAAAAUGCAUGAGCAGAGAUAGUGAAAAGCAAACUCCCAGCAGGAUAGCAGUACAGGUGCCCCUAGUGAGACAGAUAGAUACUCUGUGUAAUCUGCCUUUUUUUUUUUUCUUCUGUUUCGACGGGUACUAUCUUUAAAAAUGAAAGGUAUAGGUAAACAGCCUUCUUCACAAAUCUGUGUUUGGUCUUUGCUAGUCUGGACUGCCGCGGGCCUAGUCUGGAGAUUUACAGAUAAUAGCUGUACUGAUUUUGUUGUUGUCAUUGAUGUUCCUCAGAUGUUGGUUUGUCUGUGUUUAUUUAAUGACUGAAACCUCUGCCCGGAUCCAGCCCUUUUCUGACAAAUCUGUCCGUGUGGAAUUUUUGUACUCUAAGAACUUUGUACAUAAAGUCUGACCACUGUGUAUUCUAUUUAAAAGACUUUUGUAUAUGUUGUUGUAAAAUACUGACAGCGUUUGUUUUCAUAUGUUGGAAGUUCUUCCUUUAGCUAACCACAAAAGCAAAUUGUCCUAUCUAUAAAAUAAUGGCCUGCAGGCAAGCCUAACAUUCCUUACACCUGUCCGAGUUACUAUACAAUAGUAAUCAAAUCCAGUGUGUCCAGCACAGGAGUGAUCAAAAAAUGAGUGACAUUUGAUAGCUGUCCUGUGGCUUUCUGAGAUUUAUUUUGUUAUCUUUGUCUCAUUCUUAGCAGACUGGAGACUGUCUCAACAAUACCAUCAAAGAUAGGAUGAACUGGAAACUAACCUAAUUUCUUCCUAAACUUAGAGUAGUUUCAACCCUAGAACGGUUGGCUUGCAGGCAGGGCUGGUUUAGAUAUAGGGGUGGGGUGAUGGAGAGAAAUCUGUGCUAUCAUCACCUCUGUUGCCCCUCUGGUAUUUCUGUGGCAAAAGAUUUUCAUCUCCAGGGAUGAAAGGCAUUUUUUCAGGAGAACUAAAAUGCUCAAAAUGCUCACAUAUUUUUAGUAUUUUUUUUUUCCAAAGAGUGGUUUUAUUGAAACCAGUCCCUAAAUAUAAUAGAAAAUUAAGUGCAUGGCAAUGCUGAAUGCACAUAUUUAGAAUGGCUGAAUAACUUUUUUUAGAAUUUGCAUACUGAGCAUAAUUACCUGGGUUGUAUGAAACAAAGAGUGAAACAGGCUUUGCAUCCUGGGGAGCCUGGCAAGUAUAAGAGCCAAAUCCUGAGGUACUUACUUGGGAGUUACUUUCCUGCAGAGAGCCAGUCUAAGGAGGUGGAAACUCCACAUGUGCAAGAGAGCUCUGGUGGAAGGUGGGUGUGGGUUCAACACACAAUGUCAUAAAUUCCUUGUGAUUUGUAGUGUCCUCCUUCUCUUCAGGUUAUCUGUGCAAAACCCUCCGCUCCGUGGCAUCCCUCAGAUCUUGCAAAUCUGUCUCACCCCAGGGUUUCUGCUGCCCACAGCAGAAAACCCCCCGGGGGAUUUCUUAGUGCAGCGAGAUUUUUGUUCUCUCUUUCCCUGUCCUUUAGCUAGCUCAGAACUGGCCUUCAAGGGGUUUAGAGCAUAGUGCCAGGAGAGGUGGCACGUAAAACAGUAGGAUGAGUCUCUCUCCACAUGGAUCCCAAGAGAAUGACCUCAGUUUUGACUGAGCCCUGACUCAUGUUUUUCAACAGGAAUGGAUGCAAUGGCUUACCCGAUUCAAAUCCAAGGUGGGACUUCAGGAAUUAGUUACCUUAUUUAGCAAAUAAGCUAUAGCUCAGAUUUACCUACAGUUUCCUCCUGAAAAAGUGGUCAGGUGCUCUUCCCAGUGCUCUAUUCAACCUCUGAGCUCCUUUAUAAAGAGAAAUUACAAAUUAAAUCAGUCUCCUCCUAUGAAACCCAGAGACGGUCUGACUUGUGAUAUAGUAUUUGCAUUAUGGCUGCCUUGAAGAACAACUGGGCACAAAAUAUCCACCAUCUCCCAGGUUGGUGAAUAGUGCUCAUCAACCUUAUUUCAAGGGAGACUUCCUGUUAUUAAGUACACACUGGUCUCAUGUGAAGCUUUUAUACCAGCUUUACAUCCUUACAAGCUUCUGCACCCUGAGAACCUGAGAUGAGGGCUCCCAUCACCACUCAGCCUUCCUGUGGUAUUCUCUUUCCUGUCACUCUUUCUCCUUCUAAAACUUCAGGCAUAGAUUGCAAACCCUUUGCCCCCUGAAACACUAAAAUUGAUGAUGUUUGUAAAAGAGCCUGACCUGCGUGAUACUUACGUAUAGUUACAUAAGUGCCUAGGUAUUUGUAGUCCUCACUUAAAAACUUUGUGACUUUUGGAACACACGUAUUUCUACAUCUCAACUCUUGCAAUGUCUCUUCACUGAUGGUUGUGUUUUUUGUAACCCUAACUUAAAA